AUGGGUGCUUGGUUGUUUGUACUAGCGGUUGUUUUGAACUGUGUUAACCUAUUUGCUCAGGUGCACUUUACUAUUUUAUACGCUGAUUUGGAAGCGGACUACAUCAACCCUAUCGAGUUGUGCUCGAAGGUCAACAAACUGAUCACGCCGGAAGCUUGUUUGCACGGGUUCAUCUCGUUGCUGUUCCUCUUGAACGGGUACUGGUUUGUGUUUUUGAUCAACGCACCUCUGUUUGCGUUCAACGCCAACAAGAUCUACAAAAGGUUGCAACUAUUGGAUGCCACGGAGAUUUUCAGGACUUUGGGCAAGCACAAGCGGGAGAGUUUUUUGAAAUUAGGUUUCUACCUGUUGAUGUUCUUUUUCUACUUGUACAGAAUGAUUAUGACAUUAAUCGCCGAAAGCGAGUGA